CAUGAACAUGUGAACAUGAACAUAAGAACAUGUACAUGAAUAUGAUGGUGAACACAAGUAACGACUUGCGAUCAAGUUUAGUUUGUUGUGCUGUUGUUGGAAACACUGCAAGGUAGGCCGGGAUGUUCGUUCAAACUUAAGAGAACGAGUGAAAACCAGUCGAAAGUCGACAGCUCCAACGAUCUUGCUAAGAAGAGCUCUGCCAGAGAUCGCUGCGUGUGCGGAGAGCCGAGUCGUCAGACAUGAAGAAGUUGAAAGUCACCAAGAUUCCUUCACGCAAGGAGCUCUCGGCCGCGUCUGCCCGGCAAGCUGCCCAUCAUGCGAGCGAAGAUGUCUUCUUGAGAGAGUGCUGGCAACGAAACUUGGAGCGUGAUGGCAUUCGCUUCAUCCCCGAACGAAAUUUUCGUCAGCCCAUCCCCUACAUCUCUAUCUCUGCAUCUUUCGAGGAUGUUGACCCCCCAGCUACAAGCUUCCAGGACCUCACCCCCAUGAUCACUAGAGUCGAUUCCCCAGGGUCUUACCUCAACCAGACUCUGCACCAGCUCACGUAUGGGAGCGGGAGGAACGAGACAUUCUCUGCGAUCAACGUGCUCAUAUCGCUAGUGGAGGGGGACAACGACAGGGCGAGGGCUGCCCGCAGGCAGGUAGCCAAGACACCUGCGGUCCUCGACGGAAUCUUCAGGUUUGCAAAGAUCUGCGAUCAGGAGCAGAAGACGCAGGUGUACAAGUGCCUGAGCCAACUCGCGCUGUACAACGAGAAGGUCAGCCUGCACAUCUUGUCCGACACUCACGGGAUUGCGGGCAUCAUCAAGGCCGCGGUGAGUUCGCCCAUGGCAGCGCAGGUGGAAAUCGCCCGGCUGUUCAAUAACCUUUGCGCGUAUGAGAGCACAGCUGAGGUGAUCGAGAAGAAUCAGAGCUUUCUAGAGGUGAUCAAGAGGUUCUGCUCUUCCCCCUCCUUCCUCGUCCGGUUCCGCGCCCUGUCCUCCGUCAACGCCCUCUCACGGUUCCGUUGCGCCCGCUCAACACUGCAGAGGACAAGGUUUCUGGAGGAGGCGGUGCUGGUGAUGAAUCUCGAAGGAGGAAGCAGCGAUCAGAGAGCCAUCUUCGAAUUCAUCCAGGCUUGCGCUACCCUGAACCUCCUGCCCUUGCAGGAUAGGAAGGGCUUCAAGGUUGAGAAGAACACCCUGGCGACAAGCCUCAGGUUGCUGAGCUACUCUCUUGCCCAGCGGCCGUUCUCAGGUAUCACCUUCCGUACGAUACAUCUCUUUCAAGCCAUCAACAACUUUCUGAGCAAUGAGGAGAACAAAAUCCUUCUGUUCCGGAUGGGGCUCGUGGAAAACCUGGUGGAGUACACGAGAGCAUGGAGCGAGGACCCGUCUCAGUCACUCAACGAUCAGCUUGAGGUGCUCGAGCUCGCGUUCCAGAUGAUCCUGACCAUGUCAAGUCUGCACGCCUGCAAGCUUCUGCUGCGCAGACAAAACUUCGGCACCCAGAUCGUGAGGUUUCUGACCUCGAAGCCCAGCGACAUCGUACUGCAGUACUGCAAGGGGCUGAUUGAAGAGCUCAAGUACAUGGAGAACGUACAGGACUUCCUCGUCCGGCCCAAGACCAGCAUGUCGUCGCACUCGACGAUGGGGGCGAGCCGGACGAUUCCAAGAAACACUUCCGGGCAGAGGCUUCGCACGGUACCGAUUGUGUCCACGUCGUUAAGGAGGGAAGCGUCUCUGAGUCCCUCGGUGAGGAGGAAGGGACAGUUCUCCCCGCUCAAAGUUGAGCCGUUCAAACGAGCACUCCGGAUAUCCUUGGUUGAGCAGGCGGUCAGGCGGUGGAAGGCGAUCCUGGCGGGACUGCAGGAAGAGUGCUUCAAGAACAAGAGAGAGGUCCCUUCCGAUGCCGUGUACCAACUCUUCACCUCCAACGACGUCCUCCCGAAUGAUCACGACUGGGAGCUCUUCCUGGAGGGAGUAGGAGCUGACCCUGUCAGGGGGUGCUCGCCAGCAGCUCUCCUACGCGCGUUCUGCACUGCGCUGGGUCAACCGCAGACGGGGCAGGGGAGCGACAUGCUCGUCGAUCAGGAGGAGGAAGUGCUGCAGGUCAUUCUCCUCAAGGACCUGUCGAGGUUCGAGAAGAAGAUCCAGGAGGGAUGCCAUUGGGUAGAGGAGGAGGACGUCACCGUCUCGGCCCUGGCGGACCGGCUGAGGGAGCUGGGGUGGGAGCUCAAUGAGGUUGGCAGGGAGAGCGUCAGGAUGGCGUGCAGCUCCGCUCACAGCAACUUGGUGGACGUGAGGAUGUUCCGUGAGACUCUGCAUGAGAUCGCUGCCGGGUUGAGGUCGAUGCCAGCGUACGAGGCCAUGGAGGAGAUUGGCUACGAGACGAGUCUGCACAAGUGGAUGAAGCAGAACCUGCCUCCUCCUCGCAAGAAAUCCCUCGCCCUGCAGACCAGGAGGGCCCAGAGCGACGGAGGGAGCCGUCUCCUUGCCAGCUUUUCAGCUUCUCUUGUCAACAGCACGGGCAACUUCACCAACUUGCCCUCGACGACAUCCGAUGUGUCCUUCUGACGACACCAACUUGAUGUAACCAGCUGGGUUGUAAUUACAUGUAGUCUACCUUGC